CCUCUCCACACUCCCGCGCGGAUCACGGCGUGAAAUCGCGGCGCGAAUCGCGGUGCGAAACCCGAAAAGUGUUCUACAGUUCCACACUCGCAGAUGUUCGCGCCUGCUUCACAGUAUAGUUCGCGCUUGAGACGAGUAUGGACGGUGAAAUUGCUACUGCUGCUGCUGGGCUACUUUGCGCUUUGGCAAUUUAUAAUUACGCCGAUAUAAGUAAAAGAAAAACAAUUAAAAAGAAGUGAAGAAAACGAAGAUGGUGGAUCACCACCAUCCACCGAAAUAGAACCAGGUAAUUAAUAUCGAGAUAAUAAUGGUCGCACGCAGCUCAGUGUCUUAUAUUUACUGCCAUCGCAGAUACUAAAAAACAAGUAUUUCACUUUUAGCUGUAUAAAAUGACAGUUGUGAUGAAGGCUUGAAAAGUGAAAUAUUCUGCUCAUGCUGCACUCACUUAUCAUGUACUACAGGGGCUGAUACUCGAUAACUUGACCUCUACCUUAUUUUUAGUCUUUGCUUUUUGUUACAGUGCUGUUAUGGAAAAGCAAAUAGAUGAAUUAGUUGCUGAACCUUCCGGUGAAUUUAAAAAGUUUUCCCGGAUGUCGUUAAAUGAUUUUGAAUACUUACUAAAUCAAAUUUCAUCCCAAAUUUCAAAACAAGACACCCAAUUAAGAAAAGCUAUUCCUGCCCAGAUACGUCUUGCUAUAACAUUGCGAUACUUAGCCACAGGAGAUAGCUAUGAAAGCCUUCAUUUUUUGUUCAAAAUAUCACCACAAAUAAUAUCAGAAAUUAUUCCAGAAGUUUGUCUAGCCCUAUGUCAGGCAUUGAAGGAUGAAAUAAGAAUACCGUCUUGUCCGGAAGAAUGGCUUUGUAUUGAGAAAGGAUUUGCAAGGAAGUUUCCUCGAGCAAUAGGAUCAAUAGAUGGCAAACAUAUUGUUCUCGACUGUCCGUUCAAUUCUGGCUCUAAAUACUAUAAUUAUAAAAGAACCUACAGUAUAGUAUUAUUGGCAUUAGUUGAUAGUCAGUACAACUUCAUAUUUGCUGACAUUGGCUGCCAAGGCAGAAUAAGUGACGGUGGAGUUUUCACCAAUACUUUGUUAUGGAACAAGAUAUGCACGAAUAGCUUAAAUUUACCACCGCCGCAUCCUUUGCCCGGUUCAAAUAUUGAUGUUCCCUACAUUUUUUUGGGAGAUGGAGCCUUUGCACUUUCAGAACACUUAAUGAAGCCCUAUCCUGGUCAGCACAACAUAGGAUCAGAAAAACGUGAAUUUAACAAGAGAUUAUCUUCAGCUCGAGUGGUGGUGGAAAAUACUUUUGGUAUGAUGACUGCCCGAUUUAAAGUGUUUAGAAAGCCGAUUCCAUUACAACCAGAAAAAGCUACCCUUAUAACAAUGACUUGUAUAUUACUACAUAAUUUCUUGAGACGAAGCUCCACUUCUUCGUGUAUCUAUACACCACCCGGAUUUAUUGACAUUUAUGAUGAUGAUUCAGUACUUAUACAACCUGGAUCAUGGAGGAAAGAACAAGAAAAAACUUGUGCUAUCCGUAACUUGAGGAACGUAGAUCGGCGAUCACCAAAAGAUGCCACAGAAAUAAGAAACGAAUUCACCAAAUAUCUAAGUAAUGUUUAAGUACUUUAUUAAUAAAACAUACUACUACAUACUAAAACUUACCGUGUCAACAUUAUUUUUACACUUGAGGGUACCUCCCAAAAACUCAUCCAUAGUUUCAUAAGCGAACCAAAUAGGCUGAUAUAUAUCAUCGGCACCAGCUCCCGAUUGAAUAGACUUUUUGACUUUGUUCUUAUAACUCCUAUAACUUGACAUCAAAAAAUCUUUUUUCUUUCUCAAUUCAACCAAUGGGAUUUCCAUCACUGAGCUUAUCCGCAUCCAUGCAUCAUGAGUUUUAAAUUUAUUCCUAUAGUCUUUUAUCUUAGUGUCCCACAGUACCGGUUCAGCACGAAAAUAUUCCAAAAAUGAUAGUUCCAAUUGGUUACUCCAGUUAAAACUCAUUUUUCACGACAAAUCGAAAAUUCGUAUCCGUAAAGAAAAACACAACCACUGCCGUCACUCGCUAUGAGGCAACUGAGCCACCAGCGAAUGAGGAGCCUAGUCAUGUUCGCGCCUUGCGAACCCUUUGUCGCGGGACGAAAAACCGACAGCAAACGGGAACGACGCGCGAACGCGACGUGAAGCCGCGAAGAAUACGCGAAUGGGUUCCACACUCAUGGGUCGCAGGUAGUUCGCGCGCGAUCCGCGCGGGAGUCUGGCGAGGGUAAU